AUGAACAAGAACUGGAACGACAGGGCCGACAAAGAUCUGUUCUUCACCAUCCUGUCCGUCAAGAACAUUGGAGUCAUCAGCGGCGCCGAAUGGACGACAAUCGGUAAUCACAUGCGCGGCCUUGGCUACGGCUUCACAAACGAGGGAUGCCGGCAGCAUUUUCAAGGCCUGAGGAGGGCGCAGAACAAGGCCGACGUAGACGGUACUCACUCCGAGAGCGCCAGACGCGCCGACCCGACGCUGAAUCCCAUCACCAGGAGGCCGGGGCCUGGUCGGGGCCGUCCUCGCAAGUCUCAAGCUCAAAACGCAAACCAGUCCGGUGCAGAUGCCACUGAUGGUUCUCACUCUGCUUCUCCCGCUGGCGUCCCUACCACUGGCCCUGCUUCUGUGCCGGCGGUUCUUCCUGGUGGUAUGGUGUCCAGUCCUAUGGCUGGCCACAGCCCAGGCAUGGCCUCUCCUGGUAUAUCUCUCCAGCAGCAGCAGCAGCAGCAGCAGCAGCAGCAGCAGCAGCUUCAAGAGCAGCAACAGCAACAACAUCAGUUACAACAGCUUCAAUCUCAGCAGCUCCAACAUCAGCAGCAACACCAGUUCCAACAGCAGCAGCAGCAGCACCAGUUUCAGCAACACUUACAACAGCAUCAGGCCCAGCUGCAACCGCAACUCCAGCCCCAGCUCAAAACCGAGAUGCCCGAUGCCGACGGCAUCUCCGUCUCUGCUCAAACACCAAAUGAUCUCACCUCAAAUCACCUCAUCGGGUCAGAACCUGGAUCGGCAACGUCUCAAGACCAGCUCCAGCUAGAUGCUGUGCAGAGUGGUGACGAAGAUGCCGAAGCAGACGACCACCCGGCGAAACGCCAAAGGCUCGAUCCUCACGAUCUCGGUCAAGACUCAACGCUUGAUGAUGAAGCCGUGUUGGCGUUGGCGGCACACAACGGCGCGGAUGGCGGAGAUCCAUAUCCUGCAGAGUAA